AUGUCUUCUCACAAGACUUUCAGGAUCAGGCGAUUCCUGGCCAAAAAACAAAAGCAGAAUCGUAGGGGCGCCUGGAAUCGUCCCAUUCCCCAGUGGUUUCGGAUGAAAACUGGUAAUAAAAUCAGGUACAACUCCAAGAGGAGGCACUGGAGGAGAACCAAGUUGGGUCUCUAA